ACUUAAAAAAAGUUUCAAAGGAAUAGAGACAUUUCAAAUGCCAUUAUGGCUAUGUCUCUCUCCCUCUUUUCGCGAGGGUGUAUGUAGAGAGCGAGAAGGCGCAAGGUGUUGUAUUUGCACUUGGUUGUGCAAUCCGACACGCCUGAACGGAAUUGUUUAUUGCGCAUAGCCAGUAUUUCCAUUUUUUUUUUGCCGCGUACGGGUGAAGUCGCUACCAGUCCAGUAGACUAUUUAGGGAUGAGUGCAUUAUGCUCUUCCGCGGAUAUAUUGAACUGUUGGAACUGCUUACGUUCUAACUUGUCUUUUAUUCUGAUUUAAAGUAUUAUUGUCAGUGAUGUAUACAUUUAAGAGCAUCUCUUGAAACUCACUAGGCAAUAAUAAUAUUUUCAGUUUUCUAACGGUAGAGCAGGCGUGUGUCGAAUGAAAGGAGUUAAAUGAAUUAUUUGGACAGUUCCAUGGUGCUGAAAGGAUUGCUCAUAUUUCACUAAGCAGCCAUGGGUUCCCUAGUUUGGGAUAGGUGUCUUUUAUGUCUUCUCCUGUCAUCUUUUCUUCUGCUGCUCAGCAAGGGGGAGAGGAUGUGCCCAGCAAGUUGUCGCUGUGAAGGGAAGAUUGUUUAUUGCGAGUCUGGCAUCUUUCAAGACAUCCCAGAAAACAUCUCUACUGGAUGCCAGGGUCUGUCCCUGCGCUACAACAGCCUACUGACUCUGCUGCCUUACCAAUUCGCUCAUCUCAACCAGCUCAUCUGGCUUUACCUGGACCACAAUUCCAUCACCGCUAUAGAUAGCUUAGCCUUUCAGGGUGUGCGUAGGCUCAAAGAUCUGAUUCUCAGCUCUAACAAAAUUACACUUCUACAAAAUAAGACUUUCAAUGCUGUACCAAACCUGCGCAGUCUUGAUUUGUCCUACAACCAGCUACAUUCUCUGCAGCCAGGUCAUUUCUAUGGUCUGCGUAAGCUCCAAAACCUUCACCUACGAUCCAAUGGUCUCAACAGGAUACCUGUACGCACUUUCCUGGAGUGUCGCAACCUGGAGUUCCUGGACCUGGGUUACAAUUACCUACGCACCCUUACCCGCACCACCUUCUUGGGGCUGUUCAAGUUGAAAGAGCUUCACCUGGAGCAUAAUCAAUUUUCAAGAAUACAUUUUUUUAUUUUUCCACGCCUUAACAAUCUACAGGUCCUCUACUUGCAAUGGAACCGCAUACGAGCCAUCAAUCAGGGCCUGCCUUGGAUCUGGCAUACGCUGCAAAAAUUAGACCUCUCAGGAAAUGACAUCCAGAUCUUGGACCCAGCUGUUUUCCAGUGUAUGCCAAACUUACAGAUACUCAAUCUUGAAUCCAACAAGCUGAGCAACGUGUCUCAGGACACGGUUUCAGCCUGGGUCUCCAUUAAUACCAUCAGCCUGGUGGGUAACGCCUGGGACUGCAGCCCUACUAUUUGCCCCCUGGUGACCUGGCUGAAGAACUUCAGUGGCUCAAAGGACAUCAACAUGAUAUGCAGCAGCCCCAAGUCAGUUCAGGGAGACAGAGUAAUCGACAUAGUGAGGAACUACACAAUCUGUGUGGACACAUCAGUUGUAGACCAAACCACAGCUAUGAUCAUGAGGCAAACCACAGCCUUAGUUGUGGACACCAAAAAGCCCACCACACCUCUCUCUGCCACGACCACAAUAACCCAAGGUCUACCUGCAUCAACUGUACAAAGACUCGCUCCACAACCUGUCUCUCCCAUUGUGACAGACAAAGAAACAACAGAGUCCAUACUCAUGACCUCCAUCUCUCCAGAAUCCUCCUCAUUUUCCCCAGAACUAGAGUUUGAGCAUAUGGCCUUCCAUAAAAUAAUUGCAGGCAGUGUAGCCCUAUUUCUGUCUGUGUCAUUGAUCCUGCUGGUAAUUUAUGUCUCGUGGAGGCGCUACCCCAAUAGCAUGAGGCAGCUUCAGCAGCACUCAGUCAACCACAAGCGCAGAAAAAAGGCCCGGAAGCAGGAGCUUAACCUUAACUCUCAGUUGCAAGAGUAUUAUUUGACUUACCAUUCAAACUCUGAGACCAUGGAUGCAUUGGUAAAUGAGACAAGGUCCUGCCCCUGCACGAUCUCAGGAUCCAGAGAAUGUGAGGUAUGAUCUGUCAAGUCCAUCCUAAAAACGCACUCUGCCUGGGGGUCAGAGGUCAAUAUUUUCCACAGGGAUGCACUGUAAACCUCUUUAGUGAAUGGAGACUGAGUUAAACUUCCAUCCUCUGACUCUGUUCUUACUGUUGUUUUAAAUUAAAGUUAUCCAUCCUAAAAACGCACUUUACAGCUGCUUGGGAGUCAGAGCUAAAUGUUUUCCACAGGGAUGCACUGUACAGAUCACUGUGUGCAUGGUGACUGACUACCUCCAUCCCCUGUUUGACUCUUGUUAUUGUUGUUUUAAAUUAACGUUAUCACAUUAAGAACAAAUUGAUUUGAUGAAUUAAUCCUGUUUGUGAAUAUAAACCUAAACCUACUUUCUUUCAGCAGGAAAAUAAUCCUGCAGCAACAGGAAAUUUGUGGAUUAUAGUUAAUGGCCAUUUUUGUAGGGGUUGAUACAUUUUUCCUUAGGGCAAAUCAAGUUGUAAGCUAGUAAUAAUAAACGUUAGAAGCCUUUUUAAGCCUUGAAUACACUAGAAAUGUGCAUUUCCUGCAGUGCAGGAAAAUUGUCAGCAACAAAAGAGGGAUAAAAUUGAGAUGGCACAUCUGUAUCUGCUGUUGAUUACAAAUUACCCCACUUUUCACUUUUCUUAUCCUUGAGUAAUAUUGAGAUCUUCGUGUUCAUACUUGUAUACAACUAACUGACAGACUUUAUGUGUAGUCUUUUCCAAUAUUUAGCUCUUGUUUGUUUUAUGGAAUUAUGGUAACUGUAUGUGAAAUUGAAUUAUGUCAUUAAACUUGUGAAUGGUAGUUGCUAAAUAAUGGGUGUCAUAAACAUGAUUACAUUAUUUUGUCCUGUUUUUAGUCUUCUUACUGGCAUGCAAUAUACCAUAAAAGCCAACAGCAUUAGUAUGCUUUCUAUUGAGGCACUUCACCAUGACAUAAAACAUGGUGUAACAAGACCAUUUCAAAUCUUAUGAAAAAUGCAUAAAAGUUUUUAUCC